AUGCUGCCAAAGAUUAGAAUUUUCUACUGGCGUAUUGGGCAUGAUAUUCUCCCCACGUAUGAAAAAAUAUCCACGAUCAGAAGAGAUUUCAACAGUGACUGUCCCAGAUGUAGAAGGGACAAAGAGACCCUUAUCCAUGCAUUGAAAGAUUGCCCUAGGGCUCGAAUGGUGUUGAUGCAUGGGGGUUUGAACAGUAAUCUGCUGGAUGGCUCUCUCGACUUUGUUACGGUCCUUUGGAAUAUUUGGAACAACAAGAAUAACAGAGUGUUUCGAAACUUGGAAGAGGAAGCUAAAGUGACGUGGGACAGGGCUGCUGCGUUAAGCCAUGACUUUUGCAUCUUCAACCUGUUGAAGGAGCCGUCUCUGCCUAAGCCUGCAGUAAAAGAAGAAUGGCGAAAGCCGAAGCAAGGGACGGUUAAAAUUAACUUUGAUGCUGCGGUGAAAGAUCGGAAGACCAGCUUUGGAAUUAUUACUCGUGACCACGAGGGUUUUGUCAUGGGGGGUCGGGCUAGGGUGUUAAACAGAAACUAUAAUGCAGAAUGGGCAGAGUUGUACGCGCUGGAGGAGAGCAUUAAUUUGGCUAAGGAUAAUUCGUGGGCCCGGGUGGAUUUUGAAUCUGAUUGCGCUAGCCUGGUCAAUCGCCUCAGAAGACCGAAUGUUGACUUGUCAACUUUGGGCCACCGCAUUCUGGAUUUGCUAAGUAAUUUGAACCCGCACUUUAGUUUUAAUUUCAAGUGGGCCCCUCGCUGUUGUAAUAAAGCUGCUGAUCAGCUUUGUUGUUGGGUUGACUAA